UUUGGACCAAAUUAGUACAAAGAAAGUGGCAGUGUCAGGGAGGGUCACAUGCCAUUGGCCAAAGUGGGUCGAGUUUUGGAGGACCCCACCCCACCUUCUGAUAAUGGGAAGGUCUUAUAAAACGCACCGUAUUUGUCCUCGUGCCCUUAUAAAUAGGGGUGAAGGGGAGGUGUGAAAAUGGGCAGAGAAAUGGAGAUGGAGUCCUUGAGUGUGAGUGCUGAUGCUGAGAAGGGAAUGGCCGAGAAACAGGAGAUGGAGACCAGGAAGGAGAGGAAGCUCGGUGGCGUCAAGACAAUGCCUUUCAUUCUCGGAAAUGAAAUAUGCGAUAGAUUUGCAAGCACCGGAUUCCAUGCCAACAUAAUAACAUAUUUGACACAAGAUUUGAACAUGCCUCUUGUUCCGGCCUCAAACAUUCUCACCAAUUUUGCUGCUACUUCCAGCUUCACUGCGCUCAUCGGCGCUCUCAUCGCUGACUCCUUCGCUGGCCGCUUCUGGACCAUCACCUUUGCCUCCAUCAUUUAUGAGCUCGGAAUGGCUACCAUUACCAUUUCUGCCAUAAUCCCAAGGCUCCACCCACCGCCCUGUCCAACCCAACUCAAUUGCAUACAAGCCUCCAGCACGCAACUAACAGUCUUUUACCUUGCUCUCCUCCUCACGUCCCUCGGCGCAGGUGGCAUUCGACCUUGCGUCGUUGCCUUUGCUGCCGACCAGUUCGACAUGACAAAGGUCGGUGUGGCGGGCCGGACAUGGAACUUCUUCAACUGGUACUAUUUCUGCAUGGGACUGGCCACUCUCACGGCUCUCACCGUGGUGGUCUAUAUUCAAGACAACGUUGGAUGGGGCUGGGGCUUUGGCCUUCCCACCAUUGCCAUGGCCUUGUCUGUUGUGGCCUUCGUUGUUGGCUCGCCUCUCUACAACAAACUCAAGCCCAGUGGCAGUCCAUUGGUUCGGUUGGCUCAGGUUGUCGUGGCGGCUGUCAAGAAGAGAAAGGCUUCCCUUCCAGAGGACCCGAAGCUCUUGUAUCGGAACCAUAAGCUUGAUGCUGCCAUUGCCAUACAGGGAAGGCUAGUCCACACCGAUCAGUUCAAGUGGCUGGAUAAGGCCGCCGUCAUAACAACCGACGAAUCAACAAGCGACCCACCAAAUCUGUGGCGCCUCGCCACCGUCCACCGAAUCGAAGAGCUAAAAUCCAUAAUCCGAAUGCUUCCAAUAUGGGCGGCCGGAAUCCUGCUGGUGACAGCCUCCUCCCACCAACACAGCUUCACAGUCCAACAAGCCCGCACAAUGAACCGCCACCUAACACCCACAUUCGAAAUCCCUCCGGCCAGCCUCUCCAUCUUCGGCAUCCUCUCAAUGCUCACCGGCCUCGUCCUCUACGAGCGCCUCCUCGUCCCCUUCGCCAGAAGGUUCACCAAAAACCCCUCCGGCAUCACCUGCCUCCAGCGCAUGGGCGUCGGCUUCGCCAUCAACAUCCUCGCCACCCUCGUCUCCUCCCUUAUCGAGAUCCGACGAAAGAAAGUCGCCGCCGAACACAAUUUACUCGACGACCCAACGGCGACCAUCCCCUUCAGCGUGUUUUGGUUGGUGCCCCAGUUUUGGCUGCACGGGAUCGCGGAGGUUUUUAUGUCAGUGGGGCAUUUGGAGUUCAUGUACGACCAGUCGCCGGAGAGCUUGAGGAGUACGGCGACGGCGCUGUACUGGCUGGCAAUAUCGAUGGGGAAUUAUGUGGGGACUUUGAUGGUGUCUUUAGUGCAUAAGUAUAGUGGGAAAGAGCAUAAUUGGUUGCCGGAUAGGAACCUUAACAGAGGGAGGUUGGAGCGUUACUAUUGGCUUGUGAGUGGGAUUCAGGUUUUGAACCUGGUCUACUAUGUCGUCUGUGCUUGGUUCUACACUUAUAAGCCUUUGGAAGAGGAGAAAGACGAUGAGGGGGAGCCUUCUUCUUCAACCUUGUCCAAGGAUGGGUGUGAAGACACGAAAACUGCUUAGAUUUGGGAUUAUGUAGCCGUGGGUUUGGAGUUAAGUUUAUCAAAACAAUCCAAAUGGAAUAGAUUAAGAAAGCUUUAUCU